ACUCCUCACUGCAAACAGGGUAAUUCUUAAUACGGUGUUUCUUGUUAAAAUUCUUUGCAUCAUAUAGCUUUUAAAGAUCAAACAAUUCCUUUCCAGCUUCGGUAUUUCAAAUGAUCAACAAAUUAGUACAAAAAUGAUCAAUAAACUGCAAGCCUAUCUUUUCAAACAGCUUUCCUACAAUACUGUCAAUUUUUAGAAUAUAUGUGCGCUUUAUCUACGUAUGACAUACAUCAUCAUACAUGUAUAUUAAAUGCAGUCGGACGUGUUUCAUACCGAUUGUUAGACCGUUCAUUUUAUACUAAUUUUGACUACGGAUUACUCCGUUUACUUGAAUAAGAUCUAGGGUCCACGACGGGUGUGAUCGGUCAACAGGGUAUGCGUACUCCUCCUUGGUAUCUGAUCUCACCUCUGCUGUUUCCUGGGGGUUGUGUGUUUGAAUUUAAGAAUUUAUGGAAUUGAUUGCUGUUCGAUGUCCAAAAUUCACUUUUUCAUCUUGCAGAAAAAGCUCGAAUGAUAAAUAAAUAAUCUUAUAUUGCUUCCCUCUAAUGUUCUUCUAGAAUGCUCAGUAAAAACGUACGGCAAAGGUUGUGGAAAUCACUGCAGCAGUCAUUGCAGAAAUAUGACAUGUAAUCCAAUCAAUGGAUCGUGUUUGGAGGGCUGUAUUCCCGGUUACUUGGGAAGUUUCUGCAACAAACCAUGUGACAAAGGAACAUAUGGAAUAAACUGCUCCCAGAAUUGUUCUCAAAACUGCCUCGGUGAAUGUGAUAAUGUUGACGGAUCCUGCACAUGUUCCUCUGAGUGGACGGGGUCCCCUGACUGUAGUGAAAAGGUACCUAUCGUCAGUAAUGACGAGUAUAGUACUCAAGAAACAUACAUCGCAGCCUUAUCUAUCUCACUGGUUAUCAACUUUAGCCUUGUUGUUGUCAUUGUUAUAUUAUUCAGGCUGCUCUAUAACAGAAAACAAGAGAAGAGUUCCUCGGACUAUAUCGCUAGUGCUGAAAUAUCACCGCCAUCACAAGACAGCGAUAACGAUGUACACCAGUAUCAGGAACUCAACAUGUCCAAUGAUAGUUCAUAUCAGAAUCUGUCUUUAAGAGAUCGUCUAUAAAAUGUACAGUGGAGCCUCGGUAAUCCGGACGCCAUUAAUCCGGACGUUUCACCUUCCGGACGAUUGUUAUAGGGAACGGAAUUUUCAUAUUUUAUUUUGCAUCAUUAAUCCGGAAAUCCGCGUUCCGGACGGUCAUUUUUUACUACAAAACGUUUAAAUUCAUUGAGAAUUGUACCGUUAAUCCGAACGGUAAUUGUUUUGAGGGAAGGUCUGUGUCGGACAAUUUUAGCAAGGCGUAAAUUAUAAAGAAAACAAGACAAACUGUCUAAUUGAAACGAUUAUCUGUACCCCGUCAACACCUCCCUUUAAUUAGGUGGUGUGUGAUAUGUCAGUUAGAUAGCACGUGCCGAUCGAGACAUUGUAUUGCCAAUUUUUGCACAUAAGAUCUGUAUUGCGUGUAAUGUUGAAUCUUGUAAAUAAAUAUGUAGCAUAUUAUUUUAUAGUCUUGAUCAAUAGCCUAAUAGUAUUUUAAAAUAAAUUAAACAUCAUGCAGUAAUGAUUUUUUUGUUGUUGAACUGCUACACUUAUCAGUUGUACUGAUUCGUAAAUUGAUAUCGGCUUAUUCAAAUCUAAAGAAAUGUAGAUUAUACUUCUAGAUUCUGGAUUUUAUACUGCUGCUUGCCGUGAAAUAUACAUGCAUGUUCAUGCACAUGUAUAUGUAGUAAGCUUUUAAUGUUUAGAAUGUCACGCAUGUAGAAUGUACCUGUGCACGAUUGUUUCUUGUUACGAUGUUGUAGAGUUUUAUUGCUUUCAAUUUUUUAAACUCUGGGUAGAAGUGAAAAAAUUACCAUUUUAAGGAAAAUGACAAUUAAAUUUUAUAUGUACCCGUAAUAUUGGUUUCAACCGAGUUUUGUUCAGUUAUUAUCGCAUCAUGAAAAUAAUAGAUGCGCGUGGCUAGAUGAAAGCAGUAGUAGGUCUUCAUAUUACGAGCUUAAAUGAUUUUGUUCUCCUGAUAUUGGUUUAUAUAAUUUAUAUAGAAUAAGAAAUAUAAACUCUGGCUGAAGGAAUUUUGGUUAAAGAAUGUUGUCAACCGACAUGACAAACAUGAAAUUCUUAAAUCAACUGUGGACGAUGAAUAUUGUGUAGACAGACCGCUGAACCCGUGAAUCAUGACAGAUGGAAAUGGCCGGCCUCUUUAAGAAGUAAACGUGUGAUGAAAUCUUUGAAGUGUAAAUGAUUAUGUUAGUUAUUAAUGAUUCAUUUAUUUAUAGUUACAUAUACUGCUUCAUUAUUUUUUUUAUUGCAUACGGUACACAGUUUUGUAUAUUUAUUUGUAGUGUUAAUAUACAUGUACAAUGUUAGCAUAGGCAAAUACACUGCACACGUAUAUUCCAAUUUUAGAGCUUUGAAAUGUAUGUAAAUGUUAACAUUAUCAUGAUUUAUUUACUAAUGCAAAUGGUUAAAUCCAAUGAUAGUAUGUGUUUAAUUCACUACGCAUCAAUAAAGUAUUUUGAA